AUGGCACUUGAUUGUGCAUCAUUAGCCCUUGGGCUCAUUGCCGGUGUAUUGCUGAAGCAUCCCGUCAAUUCCAGUGGAAAGUAUCCCUUUGGAUUGAGAAAUUUCGAGAUCUUGGCUGGUUUUGCGAAUGGAACUUUACUUGUGGGUAUCUCAGGCAGUAUCAUUUUCGAAGCUUUUGGAAGGUUAUUCAAUCCAGUUUCUUUGCAGCAGACAACUGAGUUAAUUGUUGUUUCCAUUUUGGGACUCUUGGUCAACGUGGUAUCUUCUUGCACAUUCUUGCAGAUACUUUGGGAUCAGUAG